GCGAUUUAGAAUCUGAUCGUUUACUUCAGGAAAUGCACUUCAACCAGAUAAAUAAAUAUUGAUUUAAUGGGUAAGCAUAUUUUUGUAUACCAUUAAGACAUGUUAAUUAUGCAUUUGUGAGGCCUCUACGGGGACAGCCAAUCUUGGAUCAUAUAAACAUAGAAUGUGACGGCAGAUAAGAACCAUUCGGCCCAUCUAGUCUGCCCAAUUUUCUAAAUACUUUCAUUAGUCCCUAGCCUUAUCUUAUAGUUAGGAUAGCCUUAUGCCUAUCCCAUGCAUGCUUAAACUCCUUUACUGUGUUAAUCUCUACCACUUCAGCUGGAAGGCUAUUCCAUGCAUCCACUACCCUCUCAGUAAAGUAAUACUUCCUGAUAUUAUUUUUUAAACCUUUGUCCCUCUAAUUUAAGACUAUGUCCUCUUGUUGUGGUAGUUUUUCUUCUUUUAAAUAUAGUCUCCUCCUUUACUGUGUUGAUUUCCUUUAUAUAUUUACCGUAUAUACUCGAGUAUAAGCCGAGUUUUUCGGCACAUUUUUUGUGCUGAAAAACCCCAACUCGGCUUAUACUCGAGUCACUGUCUGUAUUAUGGCAAUUUACAUUGCCAUGAUACAGACUGGGGGCUGGCAGCGAGCGCUUACCUCUCCUGCAGCUCCUGUCAGCUCCCUCCUCCUCCGCGCCGGUCCGGUCAGCACCUCGGUCAGCUCCCAGUGUAAGUCUCGCGAGAGCCGCGGGGUCAUAGUGCGGCUCUCGCGAGACUUACAGUGUGAGCUGAGAGAGGAGCUGCACGGACCGGCGCGGAGGAGGAGAGAGCUGACAGGAGCUGCAGGAGAGGUAAGUAACAGCUCUGCCAGCCCCCCUCCUCCCCCACUGAACUGCCAAUGCCACUGGACCACCAGGGAAGGAGAGCCCCCCUCCCUGCCAUGUAUCAAGCAGGGAGGGGGGACAACAAAUAAAUAGAUUAAUAAUAUACAAAUAUAAAUAAUAAUAAUAAUAAAAAAAAUAAUAUAACAAAAAAAUUAAAAUAAUAUUAAUUAAUAAUAUAUAAAUAAUAAUAAUAAAAAAAAAAAUAAUAAUAAUAUAACAAAAAAAUUAAAAUAAUAUUAUUAUUAUUAUUUUUUUUUAUAAAAAUGCCCACCCCCCCACCAAGGCUCUGCCACACAAACACACACUGCAUCACACACACUGCAUCACACACACUGCAUCACACACACUGCAUCACACACACUGCACUCAUAUACACACUGCACUCAUAUACACACUGCAUUUAUGCACACACACUGCAUUCAUACACACACACUGCAUUCAUACACACACACUGCACUCAUACACACACACUGCAUUUAUGCACACACUGCACUCAUACACACACCGCACUCAUACACAAACACUGCAUUCAUACACACACUCUGCAUUCAUACACACACUGCAUUCAUACACACACACUGUAAAUAAAUAUUCAAUUAAUAUAAUUUUUUUAGGAUCUAAUUUUAUUUAGAAAUUUACCAGUAGCUGCUGCAUUUCCCACCCUAGUCUUAUACUCGAGUCAAUACGUUUUCCCAGUUUUUUGGGGUAAAAUUAGGGGCCUCGGCUUAUAUUCGGGUCGGCUUAUACUCGAGUAUAUACGGUAAAUGUUUCUAUCAUAUCCCCCCUAGUUUAAACUACAGAACUGAUUAAAAGCAGAAACUUUUUUUUUUUCUUUAAGUUUUCUUUUCUUUCUUUUUUUCCCUCAUUUUGAGCUGGACAUCCCAUGGUCUGUCAUAAAAUUUUUAGUACACCAUAAACUACUUUUAUUACAGCUCUGGGGUCAACAGUUCUGUUGAAAUAUUCCAGUUAAUGGUUCCUCUAGUGUCAUGGCAUUGCAGCCAUGUUUUUUAGGCCUCACUUUUCCGAGUGCAUGCUCAGUACUUGAAUUUAUCGUUCGCCAUGUGUUGUAAAUAUAUCAACUAGCCUUAGCUCCACUGAGUUUUGUAUGUUCUCCUCCAGGAGCAAGUCUUCAGAGCAAUUUUCACAAAGCAACAGAUAAUAAAUCAUGUUUUUCUUAUUUAAAAGAAAGAACUUGGACAAUAAUGGCAUACUAAAAUGCAUAAAAGAAACAAACACACACACACAAAACCAUUUAGGAACCCUUUUAAAGGACCAAUAUGUAUUGGUUCAGAAAAAGAAGAUACUAAAAAAAAAAAAAAAAAUACAGCUACCAAAAUUGUGUUCAUGCAUUGCAAAAACAGUGUAGAACACUCAGUCAUAAAACGUAUUGUUUGGUAAAGUGAGGAUGCACUAGUUCAUUAGCACAGGGAAUCCCACAAAUCUAUAGAUUUGCUCAUUAACGCAUGGAAACACUGAUGUCUACAUUCUGGGAAAAUUUCCCGAACCUAGACCAGCUUUCUAACGUGGGGAAUACCUAAAUCCCCACGCUAGAGCACUGGACGUAAGUCAGAGUUAUCGCAAAGUGAGAACCACCUGUGCUUCUCUUUAAACUCCGUUAAGUGGGUGUGUUUCACCUCCCCUCGCCUCCGCCACCACACCUUUCAGCCCUCGCUACACCGAUCUCCAUCCUGCAGCGCCGCCUCUUUGGCCGAGAUCAGCAAUGUAGAUGAUUUCAGCCAAUCCUUUGCUUCCCCUGGGAAAACAUUGGGAGGUUAGUGUGCAUCUAAUGUAUCUAAUGUCUGUCAGGGAUGUAAAAAUUGCCAUUCUUGCAGAACAACAAUAUUUUCAGUUGCAGGAUUAAAACUACAAUGACAUGGCACCCAGUCUACUUUAUAGAGAUGAAGUGGUUUGAGUGCUAUAGAAUACCUUUAAUAACUUUAAUCGACCACAGGAGGCUAUUGCAGGCUCUAAGUUAAGUACACUGUGCAAUAAGAGAAGGUAAAAAAAAAGACUUCUAUUUCAGGUAUUUAGGGAUGCUGUGUUAGUGGGGAGGUGUAGCUAAAGAUGCAUUAAAAACGUGAUUUAAUUCCAAAAUGGUAGAUAAUUGAGCAGUGCGACAGCAGGGUCAUGAUCUAUACAUCAAAAUAACUCCUUAAGCAAGUUGUUUUGGUGCUUAGUGUCCCUUUAAUAAUUUGCAUUUCCUGUUGGGAAAAGCAAAGCAGGAAAUGCAAAUAAUUAAAGAGACACUUAACAAUUGUGAUUAUUUUCUUCAAAAACUGUAUAUUUUUAUUUUUUUUAAAACAUAUUUAUUUAUGUAUUUCAGCUCUCUUGAAGAUGCACUGGACACCAGAGCAUGCCCAGCCCCUUAACCAGUGGCCAGAACAGCACCUUGAUGUUUCUUCUACAACUUCCUCUCCAGCUCACAAAUCAGACCUUUUCCAUAGUAGCCGGCAGAGAUUAAACUAUGCCUGGGCAAAUGAUGAUAUUUCAGCGCUGACUGCUUCAAAUCUUUUAAAACGAUACGCAGAGAAAUACUCUGGGGUCCUGGACUCGCCAUAUGAGCGAUCCACACUAAAUACAUACACAGAUGGAGCUUUUGGGCCUGUUAAUGGACAGAAGGGUGACAUUGAGCCUUGGCAGAUAUCACAUGGGUCUGAUAGUUCCUAUGCAGUUAAUGCCUUACAUGAUAGUUUGUCUGGCUCCAAACCAGGCAAUGGACCUAUUGGACUGGGAAGCCCCACAGUAGCAUCUGGCAGCCUUCCUGAUCCUAUUUAUCCGGGUGGUACAUGUGGUGGCGGCAACCCAGCAAGUGGUCUUGUAACACCUCAAGAUUAUACCUCAACCUAUAGUGGCACCUAUCUACCAUCAGGGUAUUGUGGUCAACCCGCCUCAGCACUUCCCCCUACCCACCCAUCAUCUCUGCAUGGGUCAGGACUUCAGCCACCUCAUGCUUCACCAGCUCUGGUUCACGGUUAUAGUUCUUCAGGCACAAUAUACAAUUACACUUCAAGUAGUUAUCCUGCUCAGCCUGUAUAUGGAGGAAUGCACCCAGCCCACCCUUCAGGAUAUCUGUCUUCAGGUAUUGCUGCACCCACACCUCUUCCACCCCAUACUACAUCAUCAAGGCCUCCUGUGGUCCCUGGAUACACUUACCAAAGUUCAAGCUUACCACCAAUUCCAGUGACUCAGCUAAGCACAGAGUCAGGUGGUACCUUAAAAAGGAAAGCUUUUGACUUGGCAGCAGCAGAGGAAAGUGAAGGCAGGUAUAGAAAAUACAGCUAUGAACAACCAAAGUCUACCUCUGAUUCUUCGUUUCAGAUGUCUGAUAGUGCUCCAAAUGAAUGUCGAGGCAAUGGAUUCAGCCGUAGUGCAGACACUCCGCAGGUCCCCUUUAAAACUGGAAAACGUCAGACGGAAGAAGAGCAAGGAGGAAAAUAUAAUAGCCAAUCAAUGAAAGCAAUGGUCUCUCCAACCUAUCCCGAAGAAGGGCCACUGAGAUCAAGUGAAACAUUUGGUAAGUUCCCUCCCCCAGUAAUUAAUGGUGAGAGGAGAGGCAAUGAGCAGGCACAUAUUUUUGCACAAAGAAUACAGAUUUCAGGUAUGAAACCACCAAUAUUUUGUAGCCCAUCUGAAGAGCAAUUAAAAAGUAUGGACCCUCUUGUACUGGAACUUGUUAAUAAUGAAAUUGUUGACUGUGGCCCUCCUGUACAGUGGACUGACAUAGCUGGUCAAGUGUCUGUGAAAGCUGUUAUUGAAGAAGAAUUAGUAUGGCCUAUCUUAAGACCUGGUGCAUAUACAGGAGCUAACAGGCCGCCAAAAAGCAUUUUACUAUUUGGCCCUACAGGAACAGGGAAAACUCUGUUGAGCAGGUGCAUUGCAACUCAGCUGGGCUCAACCCUUCUGAAGCUCAGCAGCACUGUACUCCUCUCCAAGUGGAAGAGCGAGAGUGAAAAAAUCUUACAAACUGUGUUGUUCAUGGCAAGCUGUCAUCAGCCUGCUGUGGUUUUUAUCAGUGAGCUAGAACUGCUCCUCUCUGUUCACAUAAAUGAGGAAAACACUCAGUUAAACAAUCUUAAAUCUCAACUGCUUUCCUUUUUGGAUAAUAUAGCUACCUCUUCCGAUGAUAACAUAAUUUUUAUUGGAACCUCACAAAGGCCUGAUGAUCUUGAUGAAGCAGCUCACCGGAGAUUUGCCAAGCGAUUUUACAUUUCUCCACCCGAUAAUCUAGCUCGGAGGCAAAUACUCCAUCACACUUUGGCUCAACAAAACUACUGCCUUAGUGAAAGAGAAAUGGCCUUGUUGGUCCAGCACACAGAGGGUUAUUCAGGCAGUGAGCUGAUUCAACUUUGUCAACAGGCUGGGGCCAAUCAUCUCCAUGGCAUUGCUGGGCAGAUGCAGCCAACGUCCUACAAAGACUUUGAGGGGGCAUUCUGCAAACUUCAGGCCAGUAACUCUGAAAAGCAAUUGGACUUGUAUGUGAAAUGGAAUAAACUGUAUGGUUCUAGACACUAACAAUGGAAUGUUCAAUGGAUCACUAUAUUGACACUACACUGGCGUUGUUUUUGUUGUGAUGCGUGUUGCGUCUUCAGCUUGGGUGAAGACAUUGAAGAAAAAAAGAUUUCCUUUAUUUUCUUCACAAAACCUCUAUGUGAUCAUUAGGUGACGGUAGAGGGGCAUUUAUUUUCAUGUG